AUCUUCUUUUCCAAUCUUCUUCGUGAAAUUUCCCUUUUGCCCUCCCCCUUUUUUUCUUUGAAUGAACCUAACAAGUAAAACAAAGACAAAACAUAUUAGUUAAAAUAAAAAAUAUAUAUAUAUAAUAUUUUACUAAAAUUUGAGUUAUGACACUUUCUUUGAUGGUACUAAUUAUAAUUAUCGGAAGAAUACGAUGAAGGUCUACAUGCUUGCAAAUGAGCCCAAGGCAUGGAUUGUGACUAUGAAAGGUCCAUAUCUGCCCAUGAAAGUUGUUGGAGAAAAUGAGGUGCCAAAGGAAGAAGUUGAAUGGAAGGAUGAAGACUUGGGGAAGAUCAUGAUCAACAAAGCAAUCAACAUGCUUCAAUGUGCUCUCAAUCUAACAGAAUUUAAUAGAGUAUCCGGGCGUGAUAUGGCUAAGGAGAUGUGGGACAAGUUAGAAGUAACACAUGAAGGAACAAGCCAAGUGAAGGAACAAGCCAAGUCUAAGGAUCUCAACACCCUCAAGCUUGAUGAUCUAAUUGGAAAAUUAAUGACAUAUGAGAUGGAUAUUCAAGUCAAUGAUGGAGUUGAAGUAGUUGAGAAGAAGAAGAAUGUUACAUUCAAGGCUAACAACCAAAAGGAAGAGAGUGAAGAUGAUGCUUGUGAUGGUGAAGACAUCUACACCUUGAUCUCUACUAAAGUAAGGCAUUAUAGAAAUGAAUGCCCUCAAUUGAAGAAGGGUGAGAAGAAAGACAAGAAGAGCAUGAAGAAGAAAGCUUUUGCUGCCACUUGGAGUGAUGAUGAGACUAGCUCAACGGCAAGUGAAAGUUCCUUGGAGAAUGGUGUUGCAAAUCUUUGCUUCAUGGCUCAAGAAAAUAGCUACAAUGAUGAGGAGGUGUGCCUUGUGAGCAAAAUGAAGAACAAAUGGUAUCUAGAUAGUGGAUGCUCAAGGGACAUGAUGGGUGAUCCUUCACAAUUCUCAUCACUUAUGCCCUUGGAUGGUGGAACCGUAACCUUUGGUGACAAUGGGAAAGGAAUUGUGAAAGGAAUUGGUGAAAUUGAUAAUAAAUCUAUUUCUUUUGAUGAUGUUUGGUAUAUGGAUGGAUUGAAACAUAACUUGCUUAGUAUUAGUCAAUUAUGUGGUCAUAUGCUUAGUGUUGUGUUUUUUAAAUCUCAUUGCAAGAUUAUUGAUUCUAGAAAUGAUAAAGUGUUAUUUGUUGGCAAGAGGCUUAAAAAUGUAUAUGUGAUUGAUUUGCAUGACAUUGAUGCCAAUAUUUGUCUUGCUUCUAUAACUCAUGAUGAUACUUGGUUGUGGCAUGAAAGACUAGGAAAUGCUAGCAUGAGUGUUAUCUCUAAGUUAUUAAAGCAUAAUCUUGUUGAUGGCUUGCCUAAGGUGAAUGUGAAUAUUGAUGGUGUGUGUGAUGCAUGCAUGAAGGGUAAGCAAACUAGAGUUUCUUUUAAGACUAAGAAUUGCAUAUCUACAAAUAGACCUCUUGAGUUACUUCAUAUGGAUUUGUUUGGACCAAUGCGCAUUCUAAGCAAUGGAGGGAAAUCAUAUGUGCUUGUUGUGGUUGAUGACUAUUCUAGAUUUACAUGGGUUGCUUUUCUUGCACAUAGGAAAGAUGCACUUGAUGCUUUCAAAAGUCUUUGUAAAAAGCUUCAAAAUGAGAAAGGUUUUCCAAUUGUUUCUAUUAGAAGUGAUCAUGAGGGAGAGUUUGAAAAUAAUGACUUUGAAAAUUUUUGCAUUGAACAUGGUAUUGAUCAUAACUUUUUAGCCCCUAGAACUUCUCAACAAAAUGGGGUAGUUGAGUAAAAAAAUCGUAUCAUUGAGGAAAUGGCAAGGACUUGCUUUGCGAGAAUGAUUUGCCAAAAUCUUUUUGGGCCAAAGCCAUUGCAACCUCUUGUUAUUUGUUGAAUAGAGUUACAGUGAGGCAUUUUCUUAACAAAACCCCCUAUGAGAUUUACAAAGGAAGAAAACCCAAGAUUUCCCACUUUAAAGCUUUUGGUUGCAAAUGCUUUGUUUUGAACAAUUGAAAGGACUCUCUUGAAAAAUUUGAUUCUGAAAGUGAUGAAGGCAUCUUUCUUGGAUACUCUACUUCUAAUAAAGCUUACCAAGUGUAUAAUAAAUGUACUAAAGUUGU